AACUCAGUGACUCGUCAAGCUACAGGCCCUAAUCCUCAUGGUGGUGGUGACAUUCGUGUAGGUGGAAAAAUUUACUGGCGGCAUGAAGCGGAGCACUUAAGCACUCUAGUCACGCCAGCUAAUCGGCCACCACCUGACCCGGAAUCCAGUCUCAAGCGUCUACGUCAGCUCGCUGAACAAAAGCAACUGACCAUCACGCCUGUAAAACUCAUACUUCGGGAGCACAAAGCUAGAAAGGAGUUGCUUGUGACUAGCUCCGAGACUGGGGAUGUCUGUGAGUGUAUUCCCUUGGGAGAUAUCAUUACGCCUAUUUACAAGGAGUCCAAUGAUCAGACAGAUUCAUUCAAUAACCUUCUUAUGUUCAACGUGAAUGCCUCUAUACACUCUAAGAGUGGCCCUCCACAACAUGAAAUGCACAUCUUCCAGAGCAUCAGCACUCCUGCGCACGACAUUGUUGAUGCCUUGAUAGACGCUCAGGAGGGCGAACAGGAAAACUUGGACUCCCACCCGAGCUUAUAUACAGAGUAUGCUCAACCAAAUAAAACUACAUUAUUAUCUGAACUUGUAUUACAACGCACUCAAUCUGGUAAUUUGGAAAUUUCCCACUUUUUGACAGGUUUAACGCCUCAGCAGUCAAGAGAAAAGGCUUUAAUUGAUGGCGAAAUUAUUCUACUAAAUUUGUGCUUUGAUGAUAUUGAAAGUUAUGUUGGACACAUCUACAAACUUCAAAGAGCGCGGUGGCAAAACUCAACCCGCCCCUCAGAUGACAAUGUCUCCGUCUCUGGAGUCGACUCCAAAGGCAAGGAGAAGAAGAAGCGCAGAUUCAUCUUCAAAAAACGCACUGGCUCACCCAAGAAUAAGGAUAAGAAUGACAUGACUCGAGUCACCAGUAGUACCUCAUUGGCCUCGGAGGUGGAAAUUCCCAUCAGUGAUGAAGAGUUGGUCGAUUUGUUCCAAAAGAUCAAAUUCUCCAUAAUUCUCCUCGCCCGACUGCAAGGCUAUGUGACGGAACCCAAUCCACCGCUCCUUACCCACAAACUUUUCUCUAUGAUGAAACAGGCAGUCGAUUUCAUUCGAGAUCCAGUCACUGGAGUGCCUGAAAUGGCCAGAAAAGUUAUUUCCCCGCUCUUUCCUGAGUCGGCAAUCAGGCUCAUUCAAAACUCUCUCAUUGAACCCGAACUUAGUCUCUGGCGUGAACUGGGCAACGGUUGGUGUCUGCCAAAAGAACAGUGGGAAGAACGGGUUCCAACGUACAUCCCUCACUUCAAAUGCGGAUUCAAGCCUCAGCCCGAACAAUAUCAUCACACACUUUUCGACGUACCUCAACACAAGAGGAGCACCGUCGACGGUGGUAUGCAUCCCAGCGCUUCUAGAUCAAAAUUGGCUUCCGAACCGGAAACACGAAGUCAAGCCGAAUACCUUCACUACCUACGCAACAAAGGAGCGAAGGUUGCCCGAGUGAUGCGUGAUUUUCUCGCAGAAAGAGAGCAAGAAAUUUCCCUAAAGGCUGGAGAAUACGUGGAAGUAUUGGAUGAUUCCCUUAAUUGGAAGCACCUUCGCAACCGGAAGGGAUCAGAGGGAUAUGCGCCUUACACUAUCCUUGAUUACAACGUGUCAUAA